AUGGUUGACAAGGGAGUGAACAGCACUGCCCAGCUCCUAACUCACAAAGAAGACAGGAGGAUCGGCGGGAGCAGCUCCGUCUCGGGCCGUAGCGCCACCAGCAGCGAAGGCAAAGCCGGCGAGGAUUCCCGCAUCCGACGCCCCAUGAACGCCUUCAUGGUGUGGGCCAAAGACGAGAGGAAGCGCCUGGCCCAGCAGAAUCCGGACCUGCACAACGCGGUGCUGAGCAAGAUGCUGGGCCAGUCGUGGAAAGCCCUCAGCGCUAGCGACAAGCGCCCGUUUGUGGAGGAGGCGGAGAGGUUGAGGAUCCAGCACCUACAGGAUCACCCGAACUACAAGUAUCGUCCAAGAAGGAAGAAGCAGGCCAAAAAGAUCAAGAGGAUGGAGCCUAACAUCCUCCUGCACAACCUCUCCCAACCUUGCAAUGAUAACUUCGGGAUGAACCAUCGCUCCUCGGGUGGCAUCAACCACCCAGGCCAUUCCCAGCCCUCUCCACUCAGCCAUUUCCGGGAGCUCCGGUCCGUGGGCUCCGACAUGGAGAACUACGGCCUCCCGACUCCCGAGAUGUCCCCGCUGGAUGUCCUGGAGCAGACUGAGCCGGCCUUUUUCCCUCCUCACAUGCAAGAUGACUGCAAUGUGAUGUCCUUCCGGGGUUACCACCGUCACCCACCACCACCACCACCACCUCCUCCCCCCCAGAUGGAGUUUCCUGCAGAAAAAGCUAUGGGGCGUAACCUGUCCAUGGGUUAUCCACAGAACCCCGCGUCCCAUCUGGCCGACGCCAUGAGGACUCCACACCCACCUGGUAUGUACUACAACCAGAUCUGUGCUGGAGCCGCCAACGGCCUUUCAGCCCACCUUGGCCAACUCUCCCCACCCCCUGAAUCUCACCAUCUGGACAGUGUGGAACACAUGAAUCCCGGCGAGCUUUGGACAGAAGUGGAUCGCAACGAGUUCGACCAGUAUUUGAAUAUGAGCAGGACUCGUCCCGACCCUCCUGGGUUCGCUUGCCAUCUUUCCAUGUCCAAAGUGACUCCCCGGAGCCUCUCCUGCGACGAGAGCAGCUUGAUAUCAGCCCUGUCUGAUGCCAGCAGUGCCGUCUACUACAGCACUUGCAUUACUGGGUAGGGCAGGGGUUUUUUUGUGCUGCGCGUUCGCCUGAGGGAAGAGGUUGAAGGCAUACCUACGUUACAAGCUGAACCUGGUUCAACAGCCAUUCCCUCUUUUCUCGGAGAGCCCUGGGAACUGUGUACAGGGACGACCGGAUCUCCAAGACGCAGGUCCCCCUAGCUACCAUUCCCAGGAUUCUUUGGGCGACGAAGCUGUGACGGUUAAACUGGUAGACAUUUGAUGUAAGCUUGGAGUGUGUAUGUUUUUUUUUCGGGGCUAAGUCGCCAGAAAAGCACAGUGCACAGAUUCUGAUCAUAUUCCCUCAAGACGAGAACAACUCGGUCCCUUAUCCUUUCUGGGCGUGAUACUUUUCUAUGAAAG